AUGUGCAUGAGUCCACUGAAAAGAGCAUUAGAUGACAUAGAAUAUAAUGCUUCUGGAGCCGAACCUUUGAAAAAGAAGACCCGGUUACCUGUUUUAAAAAGGCACAUAGAGGGCAGCACAAGUGGUAAGAAAGCCAAAGUAGGUGCCCAUACUCAUUGCAGACUACAGAGUAAUAAGAAACAUUUCCUAAGUGAUCCUCCAAAUCAUUCAUUAAAUGGAUUGUCAUAUACUGCAGUUUUGCAAGGCUCUGAUUAUGAAUGCAAAACAGACAAAUCUACUGAUUUCACCAUUAAAAAGGAGCAAGCAAAGCGUUCAUCAGAUUCAGAUUCUUUGCCAAAUCACACACCAGAGGAAUCAGAUAUAAAAAAAUGUAAGGUUGACCAAACAGUCAGAGAAACAGAAUCAGAAAGUCAUCAGGAUUCCACAAAUCCAUCUAAUGAACACAACACAACAGAUGCAACAUGUAGUACAUCACAGUACACAGAAUACCCAAAACAGCUUGCACACUUAUGUGGAAUUGCAGACUAUAUGAGAGUACAGCAGAAUUACACUUUUCAGAAGAAUGUUGCUUUUGCAAGAAAAAUUUUUGUGUAUUCAAGUGAUAGAAGUGAAUAUGAUUAUGAUAACAAUGGUACUAGUGAUAAUGAUGAUGAUGAUGAUGAUGAUGAUGAUGGUGAUGAUGAUGAUGAUGGUGAUUGGUAUGAUGACAAUGGUGGGGAUUUGUAUGCUGCUGCUGCUAAUGAUGUUGACAAUGAUGAUGAGGAUGAUGAUUAUGAAUAUGUCAGUCCUGAUACAGAAGUUGUUUCAAAACGACAUAAUAUACAGAUGGCUGAUUUCUUCACACUGCAGAGAAACUAUGCCCCAACAUUGCCUGGGAGUCCAGGUGCCGCUGCUGCUGCUGCAGCUGCAGCAGUAGGAGCAGGAGGAUUUGAACAUGAUGAAAAUGGCAAUGAAGCUGAAGAAUUUGAUAGAACAAGUGCUGCAUUAAACAGUUUGAAACAUGGUGUUCCUUAG